AUGGCUAGAAAGUGGGAGAAGGUUGCUUCCAUGGGGAAGAAAAGAAGUGCUCUGACAGUAUUGGACAACAAUGAGACUGCUGACACUUGCAAAAGAUUUUUGAUGCCUAAUAAAGGCCAUUUUGUUAUCUACACUAGUGAUCAAAAGCGUCUAGAAAUUCCAGUAUUGUAUCUCGAAAAUAAAAUUUUUCUAGAGCUCCUCAAGAUAUCAGAAGAUGAGUUUGGACUGCCAAGAGAUGGACCAAUCAUAUUGCCAUGCGAUGCGGUCUUCAUAAAGUAUAUUGCAUCGCUCAUCCAAAGGGGUCUAAGUAGAGAACUAGAGGAAGCAUUGCUUCUUUCCAUCAAUGCAAGUUUCUGCUCGUCAGUGUGUUUCCAUCAAGAAGCAAGCAGCCAACAACUGUUAGUUUAUGGCUAA